UUUUGAAUCGGGGGGGAAGUUUCCAGUGCGCUGACGGACUUUUGGAGAGUUCAGUGUUCAGUGUUGUGCGCUCUCGGUGCGUCACACGCUCAAACAGCUCCAGUGGAAGCGCACGACUGCAGACUUCAUCAUACAAUAUAGCGUAUAGAGCCCAAGAUUCUCUCUCUCGCUCUCUCUCGCUCUCUCUCUCUCUCUGAACACAACAAGCUUCGGGUUUUUUUCUGCAAAGCUUGAAUUCGCUUCUACUUGUGGCUGCAUCCUAGGAGUGAAAUGGAUGUCAUCCCUAUGUGCAGCAUCUUCCAGGAGCUCCAGAUUGUGCACGACACCGGAUACUUUUCAGCUUUACCAUCUCUGGAAGAGUACUGGCAGCAGACAUGCCUUGAGCUGGAGCGGUACCUCCAGAGCGAGCCCUACGUCUCGGCCACGGACCUCAAAUUUGAGAGCCAGGAGGACCUGUGGAGCAAGCUGAUGCUCGCCUGCGGGGACAAGUCGAAGGAGUCGGACCCAAAGAUCCCCCACAUCAAGGAGGAGGAAGACAAUCAGGACAGCCGGCACCUCGACGCCGGCGGCUUCAACUCCGACGCCAGCAGCGAGGCCUCGGACAGCUCCGAGGAGCUCUCCCCGACUCUCGACUUCUCCUCCAGCCCUUUGACUGACAUUAUGGGAGAUGGCGGCGAAGACCUGGGCUCCGCCAUCAUCAGCACGCCGCCGUCCUCACCUGAGCUGGGCAAGGAGGGCUCUGUCGGCCAGGUGUGGAGUGGGAUACAGACUGUGCUGCACUCACCUGGGAAAAUAAGGACUGGGGAGAGGUCGGGGGUGACCAGCGGGGAGGUGUCACCUGACGGCAGGAGGCGGGUGCACAGGUGUCACUUCAACGGAUGCAGGAAGGUGUACACCAAGAGCUCGCACCUUAAAGCACACCAGCGCACGCACACAGGGGAGAAGCCCUACAGGUGUUCAUGGGAGGGCUGCGAGUGGCGCUUUGCACGAAGCGAUGAACUCACCAGACACUUCAGGAAGCACACUGGAGCAAAGCCAUUCAAAUGCAGUCACUGCGACAGGUGUUUCUCCCGUUCCGACCACCUGGCGCUGCACAUGAAGAGGCACAUCUAAGAUGGCCUCCGUGUCGAGAUCUCUGAUGGAUGAUUCUGGUUUGAUUGUCCUGACCUGUGGGGGGAUCAGCGAGGCCGGUGUGUCCUGGCAGCGUUAACAGGGACACCGCCGCGUUCCAGUCAGUGGAAAAAAGAUGAAGCAACGCAGGCUAUUAUUUGCACCAUACUUAGUGCCUCCAACACCUCGCUGUGGAGAUUGCUCUUGAAAGGCUUUUACGGAGGAGUGGGGUGGGGGGGGUGGGAGGGGUUUGGGGAGAGAGACUUUGAAAAAAAAAAAAAGUAAAAAAAACGGGAAAAAUCUGGGCUGGAGUAGACGGGAAAAGACUCUUCUGUAUGGUAUUCAAUGCUUUUUUCCUGGAGGAUUAUGGGACUCCUGCGGGGGUGCCAUUCCUCCAAUGACAGUGUGUUUGCCUGUACGCAUGGGGGACUGUGAGUGCCUGUGACUGGAUGCCUGUGCUGGCUUUACGGAGCGGAUGGAGCUUGCAUUGUGGAGUUGCGAGUGAAUGACGUGAAGGGGGGUGAUGUUAUGAGAGGGGAGGUUUUUUCGGGGGGAUAUUUGUGGUCUCACUGAGAAUGAAUGCAAGCAACAAAAAAAAGGGUUCUGUCUGUGCUGUUUGAGUCUAUUGGCUGUGGAGGGGAUUCGGGGCUUGUUUUACGGAGCCGAUUUGUGAGAGCGAUCGCCCCCUUUCUGCCCGGAGGUGGAACUACAGCUCCCUAUUCGAACACAUUCGGGGAGGUUGUUUUGUUUAGUGCAGCUAUUAAAUGUGCAAUGUAUUACGUAGCCUGUCUCAAAACAUACACGCUAUAAAGCUCAUUUUGUUGUCCAUUGUGUAAGCUCUGUAUCUUAAAAAAAAAAUGAAAAAAAACAACGGUUGUACACAAACAGUUAUUGCCAUUAUAACAGAAGUUGCAUGGGAUCUGGGGAUGUGUUGCUCACCUGUUUGCUUAUAGGACAACAAAAUUCCAUUCGAGAGCAGCUACCUUCAUAUUACUCAAUAUCAUAGUAUUGUACAAAACACAUAAGGCAGUCAUUUUGUUUUUUUUAUCUUCUUGAUAAGUUGGGGAUACCACUAUUGCUUGGCAACUGUCUUGAUCAUGGGAUUUUUGUUUCAUUUUCUUCACUUUCGCUCUUCUCUUUUGUUCUACCUGUAAAUGCACUGUUGACCUUACUGAUGCCUUAUGUAAGUGGCCUUGUCCUGUUAAAUAGAUCUCUCUCUCUCUUUCACACACACACACACACACCAAACGGGGGUUGCGAAUGCACUAGUGCGUUAUUGAAUUGCUUUAUAAAGGCUCUGAUCCAUACAGUCGCACCUUUGCCCUUUUGUCUCGCGACAGACUCCUCUAAACUCCGGAAUAAUAAUGAAAAAAAAUAUCAGCUUCAUAAUGACUGCCAUUUUUACAUAUCUGUGCAUUCUUUGUUGAACAUAUCAUCAAAACUAAAUCCUCAAAAAUGACCCCAGUCUGAGACAGAAUCUUGGAGCACUUGAAAAAGCAACUCAUCUUUUAAAAGGUUUACUACUAUGUAGUAUAAAGCGGCGUGGAUGCACUUCAGAUGGACUCUAACUUGCUGUCAAAGGUACAGUGUCUUGGAAAUAUGUUCUCAUAUAAUGUGGCGUGCUCAGCAGCCAAGGUUGUGACAAAUUAGGAUUUACUGCAAAUAAAACAUUGACGCUGGGGCCAUUUAUAUCUGUUGAUGUGUCAGAAGCUUACCAGUCUUUAAGGUAAAGGAUGUGUCCUUAAGAGUGAUGACAACAUUCUCAAUCAUGAGUCUGUAUUGAAGUUGUAUGUUUUGGUAAGUCUCGCCCUCAAGGUGAGUCAGUAUCUUUACUCAGCCCUGGUUUAAACAACCCUGUGAUCAGACGAAAGGGUACCAAAAACCAGUCUAACCGGUUCAGCCGAGCUGCGCUGCAGGUCUAGAGGUUUCUGUCUGUGUCUGCAGGUGAACUGAGAUGAGACCAGGACCAGAUCUAUGUCUGUACCAACUUCACUAUAUGCAUGUUUUAACUUUAGUUACUGUACAUGACUUCAACACACUCCUCUGUGGGUUGAUAGAAUUCUCUGAUCUUUCGAGUUUAUUGAAAUGCCCUCAGUUUCACAAUUGGAUAAACUCCAUCACAAUUUUCCCUAUUUCUAGAAAACAUUUUAGAGCCACAAUGUUUUUUUUCUGUUUUGUUGAAAAGUAAGACAUAUGGAAGUGUUGAAAAGGAACUUAUCUGCUUUAAGGGUAUGGCUGGUUUAAGUGGUCAUAAAACUUGUUUGAGCUGUACAGGUGAACCUGGUCAACAUGAAAGAAAGUCCAUACACUGAGAAAUGUCAAAAAUGCAAAGAUAUGUACAUUGUAAACUAAGAGAAUUUUGUAAGGAAGCUUCUAUUUUGAAAGGGUGUGGGACCAAAAACAAGUGCAGAGUGUUGUUUCUAAAGAUGAACCAAUAAAGACAAGAGGCUGAAGAAUUAUUGUAAAAUAGACACACUCCAUUCUCCUUCAUUUGCUUCUGUAACAUCUUUGUUUUUGAUUUGAUUUGAGGAAGGUAGAGCAAAUGUACGUUUAAAAAGACAUCGAUUGCGUAUACACCUGUGGCCUAUCAUCUUUCCAAAAAAAACAACAAAACAAAAGAAAAAAAAAACUUUUCAGACGUGAAUUGUUCUGGACACUUGAAUUGUCAUAAUUUUGCAUUCUGUUGCCCGCUAAGUAUUACUUUUUUUUUAAUUAUUAUUAUUUGCCAUGUGAUUUCUUUCUCUCAACUUUUCAAAGACCUGCGAAGACGCCCUAUCUUUAGCUAUAGAGAAUCUUUAUUGGAUAAACAUGGAGAUAAAAAUAUGAGGCUCUAUUUUUGUUUGUUUUAUGGCAUAACAAGAUUUUUUCAUUUGAAAUUGUUUUGUAAAAUAGUUUCUGUAUGAAUGUAUUUUUUAUUGGAAAAUCGAUAAAAAGAAUUUAUUGGAUCUA